CAGUCAAGUUCCAGCCGGUGCCACGUUUAGUUCAUGAUCGUCGUGUCUCGACGGAAUCCGCGCGCGCCUUAGGUAUACAUCGUAGUAACAACAACCAGUAGGUAUAGUGGCAGUGAAGGCAAGAUCACCGGAUCAGCGAAGCAGAAACAACCGCAACAGCAACGUUAACCCACCACCGAACAUGCGGACCGGUUUGUGUGCCGUCGCGAGGCUCUCGGCCGGCUGCUGGUGCCUCAGUUUGGCAUUAUUGUCAUUUUCGGCGGUGGUCACGGCACAGUUCGACGACGACGACGUCGACUUUGAUGUCACAACGGCUAGUGAAAAGACAAUGCAAGAUGUUAACCUCGAUGACGACACCAACAACAACAACAACAACAACAGCAGCAUGCGAUGCUGGAGCUGCGUCGCCAAAUUCCGCACCUGGGCCGACUGCCAGAAUCUGGACGAGAUGGAGUACUGCGAGAACCCGGAUGUGACCAGCUGUAUGAAGAGUUCGAUCCGGAUCGAGGGACUGCUGGGCCGGGACACCCGUUACCACCGGUUGGCCGGGUGUGGCCUGAACAAAACCGCCCUCCGGGAUCACUAUUUCGAGUUUUUCGAGAUCACCUUUGGCGACAGCGACGCCGUUACGUUGGAAGAGUUCACCACCUGCGAGGGACCGUUGUGUAACGUUAUGGACGAGGCAGCACUGAAGCAUGGCAAGUGGCGCACGGUGCACGGGAAUACGAUCACCGGGGCGGCGGUAGCGGGUGGAGGACUGGCACCGACGGUCGCUCUGCUGAUGAGCGUUGCCGUAGCGAUAAGUUCAUUCGUGUAAUAGUACAAUAAAUCAUCCAUUGUCGACAUAUAAAAA